UACAGUGUAUGACACAUGACCUGAUGCUGCAGAAGCAGACGCCCGUCCGCUUGAUUUACAAACACACGUGCAAAAAUUAAUAUACGUCGGUAUAACUGUAACUCCCACGCCGGCAAAGCAGAGCAAAGCAACAAUUUUCCAUCAAGUUCUCUGGUAUCUCCACAUACUUAAAAAUGGCCUGCACAUGCGAAGUAAUUGGCCUGGCCUGCGUGGUGGCUCUAAUCCUUAGUGUUUCGGCCAAGGCCCCCUACCAGAUGCGCAUGUUCUUCAUAUUCUUUGGCGCUGGCGCCAUUGUGACGCUCUGCGUGCCCUUUAUGAUUCUACGACCACGGGACUACCGAAAUGCGCUGGUGCCCUCUUGGUGCUUCCGACAACUCUGCAAGCUGAUGGGCAUCACCAUGGAGGUGCGGGGAUUGGAGAAUGUGCGAGCCGGACACGGCAGUGUGGUGCUCAUGAACCAUCAGAGCGCCCUGGAUCUCUGUGUGCUGGGCUAUCUGUGGCCGGUGAUCGGACGAGCCACGGUUGUGGCCAAGAAGGAGAUUCUUUACCUACCAUUCUUCGGCCUUGGUGCCUGGCUCUGGGGCACUCUGUACAUCAAUCGUUCCCGCAAGACGGACUCGAUCAAUUCCCUGCAAAAGGAGGCAAAGGCGAUACAGGAUCGCAACUGCAAGCUGCUGCUCUUCCCGGAGGGCACACGCAACUCCAAGGAUACACUGCUGCCGUUCAAGAAGGGUUCAUUUCACAUUGCGCUGCAGAGCAACUGUCCCAUUCAGCCGGUGGUCAUCUCAAAGUACGCCUUCAUGGACGACGAGAAGAAGACCUUCCGUCCGGGCCACGCCCUGAUUCAUAUCCUGCCCGAGAUAUCGACCGAAAAGUACAAAAAGGAUGAUAUGCAGCAACUCAUCGAUGACUGCCGCUCCAUCAUGCAGUCGGAGUACACAAAGCUGAGUAAAGAAGGCCUAGCCUUGAGCUCGAAGAAGCAAUCAUAGGACUGGAUAGAAUAUUAUUACACUCAGGUUACUAACUAUUGCCCAAAAACAGAAUCAAAAGCAGCAAACACGGAUAUAUAGGGUUAUUUGAUUAAUUUGCUUAGCGUUAAGUUAUAUAAUAAAUAUUUUUCGCGUGUAUUUUCGAUCAAUAUUAACUGUUUUACCUCUUAUACAUGCAUGUGUUCGAGAGCUUUUUUUGACCAAAAGAAACAACAAAAUGAUACAAACCACCCACCAAAGGAAAUUUUUAAAACAAUAAAAAAAGCACACAUUUCUUUGAUG